ACUGAGCAUGGUCAGUUGAUCAGUCGUGCGUGAACUGUCGCUGCGCGUGGGUGUCUUUUUGUAUGCAAUAUGGGGUACAAGAGAGGGUUAAGAUUCGGGACCUUUUUCACCGUGCUGAUCGUCCUCGCGGCGAUUUAUUAUCGUAACAACGAAAACGUCUUGCAGAAACGACUCCUAACUCUCUUGCACGGUCUCGAGAGACUCGAAAACAAACACGUCAUUACUAGAACGCCGAAAGUUGCCGUAGGUUAUGGCGUGUGCACCGACGUCUUCAUCGACGCGAAACACCUGCUCAAGUACUCGGACGAAGUCGGUCGGCCUGAACACUUCGACGAGAUCAACACCGAGCUCGAACUGCUCAAGAGCUUCGCUUAUUACUUUCGCUAUGGAGCAGCGGCCGAACGCUACAUGGCGAACAGAACAUUAUUCGAUGAGCUGGUGUCGAAGGCGCGUUCGUUUCCUUCAUCAUACUCGACAAUCGGAGGAAAUGCAGCAGUUAUGGCGAUGCGAUUCGCACGAGAGGGAUGUGAUGUGACCCUUGCAGCUAAACUGACCAGGUCCUUGCAUCAGAUGAUUCCACAGGUGAUAAAUGUUGUAGGCGGCGAGGUAAAACGUGACGACAUUCACCUCAUCUUGGAAUAUAAGCAUGGCGAGGUAUGGGGUCCUUAUUCUAGUGCAAGAGCAAACAGAUAUAUUAUCCACAACGACUUGAUUAAUCCAAUGAUCAGCUCAUUCGAUGCCUUUGACAAAGUUUUGAGGACUUAUGAUCCCGAUUUAUUAGUAGUCAGUGGCCUCCAAAUGAUGGAUAAUUAUCCAUUUCAAGAAGACAAACGAAAGAAUCUUUUGCUGAACGUCAAGAAACAAAUGUUGGAACGGUCGAGUUCUACUAGAAUUCACUUUGAGAUGGCUUCGUUCGCCGAGGAUAAAUUACUCUUCGAGCUGUGUGAUCUGGUGGUUCCGUUCGCCGAUAGUUUAGGGAUGAACGAGCAGGAGAUAGCGAAUCUGUACAAUACUAUGUAUUAUGGCAAUAUUUCAUUGGUCGCGGACUCGACUCCGAGAGUCGCGACGGUGUUGGAUCAGAUGAGAACGUUAUUCAAGCUCAUACGCUUAAGAGGCAAGUCGAUCGCGAACGCUAGAGAGCUCACGAGGAUUCAUGUGCAUACAUUAGCGUAUCAAGCUAUAUUUACUGUCAAGAAUUCCAUCUGGAAAUACACAAUGGCAGCUGCAGCCAAAGCGUCGUUGACUGCACAUAGACAUGUAUGCGCAUCAAGUAACGUUGAUGUCAAGAAAGCGAUGCUGAUAAUGGACGAUAGUUUCUCGACGUCAAUUGUUGAUGGUACGCGAAUACCAUUGAACGUCGACAAACCAGUGUCCUGUUGGGACGAGAUACUGAAAACGGAGCAGGAGGAUAUUCCUAUUCAAGUGUGCGUCGCACCUGUAUUGGUUUGCACAGAAGCUAGUCAGACAGCUGGUGGUGGAGACAAUAUUUCCAGCGCAGGCCUAGUACUUCAGAUCUAAAAUCCAUCGAUGCAACGUAAUCGUUUAAGUAUAUACCGUAUUACGAAUCAUAUUCCUCCUUUCCCAUCGCGCGAAUUGAAAUCCUAAUUCGUUUGACGCUCAUUCCACGCUAGUUUUUACAUUCCACUCGACUGGAAAUUAGAGACUGGACACACACACACACACAUAUACGAUUUUGUUACACAUUAUUGAAGGAUUUGAAGCACUAUUUAAUUCUAUGCACUUGUAUGCAUUUUAUCGUAUUAUAAUAUUCUGCCUAUUACGAUUGACAACGAUUUUGGUACUAAUGCCUACGAACAUUAUUGUUACUCUCGCAUUUGUAAAUUAAUUUUAAUCGAAAGAGAAGUUUAUAUAUGUAUAUUACACUACUGUUCAAUAUUAUAUAAGCUAAUUGCAGUGCGUUGUGGUAGAUUAAAUGUUUUCAUAAAAAUGUAAUUAAGACGAUCGUGAAAAUUAUGUUGAAAUUUUUGAAAGUACUAAAAAAAUUCGGAAUAGAAAUAGAUAUUGAUUAAUUUAAUAGCAUGUGACAUGUAUUUCGAUAGCAAUAGUUCAACAAUUACGCAUCAAUAGAGAUUCUUAGAUACGAUAUAUACGACUUUAAAAAAAACGAAGGCAAUGUGAUAUUAUUUUAAGGAAUUGUAAGACUAAAGUAAGUCUCUAAAAAAAAAAAGAAGAGAGUAACGAAGAAAGACAAAGUGAUUAUUAUUUAUAAAAAGAAUGAUUUCGGAAAAUGUCAUAUCUACGAAUUUUCAUUCCAAUAUUUAAGUCUCUACUAGCGAAUUCAGUCUGCACUAGUGCAUAUUAAAAGCUGUACUGAAAUAUCUAUAUUCAAUAUAAAUAUGAAUGAUAAA